AUCCAAAGUCUAAGGCGCAAUGUGGUCUUAUACAACGCUAUUUGUUGGUUUCCUGCUCAUUGCAGAUGCAGCAAUGACAGAGGUUAAAAAGCACGUUGUAUGUUAUCAUGGAACUUGGUCUGUCUACCGACCAAGUGAGGGACGCUUUGGCGUGGAGGACAUAGAUCCGUUUCUUUGCACACACUUGGUGUAUGCCUUCAUGGGCAUUAAGGAGACCGGCGAGCUGCGUAUUAUCGAUCCAUAUCUGGAUCUCGAAGACAAUGGCGGCCGUGGCAACAUUAAGAAGUUCAAUGCUUUGAAACUGAAGAAUCCCACACUGAAAACCCUGGUUGCCGUUGGCGGUUGGAACGAAGGCUCCAAACGUUUCUCAAUUGUUGCCAACGAUGCUGAAAAACGAUCUCUUUUCAUCGAGCAGAUUAUUCAGUUUAUUCAGCGUCAUGGUUUCGAUGGAGUUGACUUGGACUGGGAAUAUCCAGGACAACGGCACAGUCUGUCGAAUAACAAUGAUCGCGAUAACUAUAUAACUUUUCUGAAGGAACUCAAGGAAGGCUUGGAUCCUUUUGGCUAUAUACUCAGUGCUGCCGUCGGAUCGGCUGAGUUUUCAGCAGAGGUAUCGUACGACAUUCCUGCCAUUGUUCCCUACCUGGAUUUAAUUAAUGUAAUGGCCUACGAUCUGCACGGCCCUUGGGAUGAAACGGUUGGCAUCAAUGCUCCACUUUAUGCCGGAGCAUGUGACACAACUCGACGAGCGAAUCAACUGAACGUGGAUGCAGUGGUUCAGUAUUGGCUAGGUGCUGGCGCUCCGCCAGAAAAACUAGUCCUUGGCGUACCUUUCUACGGCCGUACUUUCACCUUGACUUCGGCCGACGAGCAUAAACCGGGAGCAGCUCACAUCGGACGCGGCAUUGCUGGACCAUUCUCUCGAGAGCCUGGCGUUUUGGGCUACAACGAGCUAUGUGGACUUAUGCAGCAAGAUGAGUGGACGGAGGAGUGGGAUGACGAGCAGCAGGUGCCUUACGCCUUCAAGGAUCGGCAGUGGGUGGGCUAUGAGAACGUGCAAAGUUUGAUGUUGAAGGCACAGUAUGCAAUGGUCAACCAAUUGGCGGGCAUCAUGAUCUGGUCGCUGGAGUCGGAUGAUUUUCGGGGCAGUUGUGGAGGCAACACUUACCCAUUACUCCAUGAAAUCAAUCGGGCUUUGUUUGGUAGGGAAACCCCAACAGGACUAAUCACUGAGCCGCAAGCAACAUCGGUUAAUAAAACCGAAGAUUAUCGCUGUCCAGGGGAUAUUGGAUAUGUCCGAGACACGCACAACUGUUCCAGAUUCUAUUACUGCAAUUCGGGAGCUACAUUUAACUUUGAUUGUCCGUCGGGUCUGAUUUUCGACCUAAAUUCCAGCAGCUGCAAUUAUUCAGAUUUAGUAAAAUGUUAAUGCUACUUUGACAGCACUACCGAAA